AUGUUCAUAUUCCUACUAUUGGUAAUAUUUCUGAUUCCUCGUGGUUUUUCUUAUCUUUUUCGCACUAACACUAAAACACCGUAUACACACUUUAAAACCCAAUCCUUUGGAGAUUCCUCUUUUAGAACCCCUCUUCCAGGUGGAGAACUCAAUCUGCCCGGAGUUAAUGAGCCUUCCGGCGAAAUCCUGCUAGAUAGACCAUUGAUUGAGAAGGUCGCCUCUCUAAGAACGUUUAUCGAAUGUAUAGAAAUAAAUAGAGGUAAAACUCCCGAAAGUACAGGAGAUGAACAAUCAGAAGGUAAGGUUUCUAGUGUUCAAACACCCCAAAAUGAAAAUAAGUUUGUUGAAAUAAAUGAAGAGAACUUGGAACCCAUAAAGGAUCUGUUAGCUGAAGAGGACCUUUUGGAGGAGGUGUUAUCCAACGCAUUUGUUACAUAUAGAGACAGUAAAGAUAGUGAAUCAAUUAAAAGACUUCAAACAAUAGCAGAACAGAUAGUACCAAUAGCUUCAAAGCUCAGAAAAGAAAAGUCAGAACGAAACAUUACGAGAUUGGUAUCUUGUUACAUGAAUGAAAAAGAGGACUUGGACAAGGUUCUAAAGGAACUUCAGGAGAAAAGGGCGCUUGAUAAGUACCUGUUGAAAAGAUUGGACGAACUAAUAAACUUGGCUGCUAAAAAGUAUAGGAUAAGUGAUGAUCACCCGGCAAUUUCAGAGGAGUUUUUGAAGGUUUUAAAGGAGAGGAUAGCAGCCGAAAGAGUAACGUAUAUUAGAGGAACAGAUUUGUUUGUGAAAACGUUAGCACGCUGUUUUGCGAUGAAAAAUGAGGAAGAGUGGAACGAAGUAAUAAAGGAAAACAUUAAAACAAUGGAUGAUUUGGAAGAAUUCUAUGAAUGGAUCCAAGAUGGGAUCGAAUUUUGUAAAAGAACUAAAAUGUAUGUAGAAAAAAACAGUAGAAUGAUGGAUAAAGUGGAAGUAAUGGAGAAGAUAAUUCCAUCAAUUGUAAGACAACAUCCGGUAUGGACUCCGAGAGAUGAACACAUAGAGUAUGAGGAAAAUCCAAUUGAUGAAGAAAAGUAUAAGGAGUACAAACAAUAUCUCGAAGAAGAUUAUUUUGAAAAGAAGGGACUAAACCCAUGA